UCCCUAGUCGUCGUCUAAUCAACAAUCCCGCAAUCCCCAUUGCACUCCGUCUCCGCUAGGGUUUUUCUCCGCAGCCGCACCACGCCGCCGGAGCAGCGCGAGACCCGAGGCGAGCCACGCGCGCGCGAGAGAGAUGAGGCUCCUGACGCACAACAUGCUGGCGUCGAACGUCCGGGGCGCAACCACCGGCUACCCGCUGACGCUGGAGGCGACCAAGUGGUGCACCAAGGAGGUGGAGCUCAACGCCGACUUCAUCCGCGGCCUCCUCCCCAAGAUCGACUGGCGCGCGCUCGUCGACGCCACCCGCGCGCUCGGCCUCCCCGAGCUCCUCCCCGAGGAGCAGCCCCCCGAGGAGGAGAUCUUCGCCGAGGGCGCCGCCGACGUCGAGGGCAGCGCCAUCCGCCGCAUCCACCACGCGCUCCUCGAGGUCCACGUCCAGGAGGGUUCCCUCGUCUGCCCCGACACCAGCCGAUGCUUCCCCAUCAACAAGGGCAUCCCCAACAUGAUGCUCCACGAGGACGAGGUCUGAUCUGUGUGUGUCAGUUUCGCCCUGGCCGCUUUUGCUUGCUCACCUGCUCGUCAUGGUCUGUCGCGAAGGGUAUCCACGGCUUGUGAACUUCGUACUCAGUCAGAUUGUAUCUGUGAAGUAUGGAAUGCAGUCUUGCAGAUUGUGGCCUUAUAAUAUGAUAGAUAGCCGUGUAGUACUCGGAAUUCCCGUUUUGUGUUGGUAAUUUGGUGCACGUCAUGCUUUGUUCUUUACUGUGGGCAAAUUGUUUGCUGCCCUGUGACUGAGGAAAUCGAAAGAUGUAGUUAUUUAUCAGUGCACACAUUUUGGCAUGGAAAUUGUGGGUGAUUUGGUGGAUCUAA